AAUAUACAAUAGUUCACGAGAAGAAUAUGAAGUUCUAAUAACGAAAGCAGUGUUUUGUCUUAAAUUUAUCGACGUGUAGACAUAACCAAGAAGUAAACAACACGGUUGUUUUUUGUUAACCGAAAAAAAAUUGUUCAAAAUCCAUUUAUAUCAUAGUACAAUUAACAUCAAUUAGAUUAAUUAAUUAUUUUAUCCUCUAUUAAGAGCCUGAAAAAAUAUUCAUCUUGUUUUAGUUAGAAAUAAGGUAACUACUUUGAAUUAAAUACAUUUGUGCAUUGUAUUUGAUAAGUAAUGUAAAAGCUUAUUAAAAUAAAUCUACGCUUAAUAUUGAUGAAAAACGAUUUAAUUUAAAGUGAAUAUAAAACAAAAAUGAAGGAAAUGUGUACAUCUAUACUUAACUACAUAAUUCAAACAAAAGAUUCUCUCAAAGAGUUCGUGAAAAGUGAAGUUAAAUACGAUGAAGAAAUCGAUUCAUGGUUAUUCGUAAACAAGCCAUGGCCAGUGCUUGGGAUAAUCAUUGUGUACUUAUUAUUCGUAAUGAAAAUAGGUCCCAAAAUGAUGGAGAAUCGACAACCAUACAACAUUACUAAUGUCAUUCUGGUUUUCAACUUUCUACAAUUCUCUUACAACGGUCUCCUUUGUUUAUGGAUACUGUUGACUCCUGGCAUACCAAAGUAUAUAUUUACUCACCUAUGUCAUAUCACUAAUGAAACACAACACGAGAGAUAUUUAAUAAAAUGUCUACACACAGUUUCAUGGUUUUACUUCAUGUCCAAAAUCAUUGAUUUGUUGGAUACCGUAUUUUUCGUUUUGAGAAAAAAACAAUCCCAUGUAUCUUUUUUACAUGUUUACCAUCACACAAAAAUGGUAAUCUCGUGUUGGAUACAUUUAAGAUUUUUUAAAAGCGAACAAGCGGCUUAUGGUGCGUGGCUUAACUCAAGUGUUCAUAUCGCUAUGUACGGAUAUUAUUUCCUUGCUGCUCUUGGACCAUAUAUGCAAAAAUAUCUGUGGUGGAAAGUUUAUGUGACUCGAUUACAAAUUGCUCAACUAUUCAUCGCAGUAGCAUAUAUGGCUUAUCUGUAUAAAUAUGACUGCACCAUGCCACGAGCAUUGGCCUUUACCGUAAUUAUCGAUCUCUUUGCAUUUAUUUAUUUGUUCAUGGAUUUUUAUAAAUCCGCAUAUAAGGACGAAAAAAUAAAUAUAAUUGGCAUAGCUGACAAAAACGAUAAAGAAGAUAAAAUUGACAAAAUAGAUACUGUAGAUAAAAUCAAAUCAUCAUGAGCGUUGUUUCUGCUAUAUAUUGUAAUUAGUUAUAUUAUAUACAUUUUACAUAUACUUAUUUAUAAUUAAUUAUAUUCAUAGUUCAUACUCGAACAAAAUUUGACAGAUUAUCUUAAGACAUUUUGAACCAUCAAAUACGUACAUCAAAGAGUCAAAUACAACCAUGUGACUAAAAAAAAUUGCAGCAAUUCUAUUAAUAAGCUUCCUCCCCAAUAUUUUUUUCUUAAAUAUGUCUCUCGCGUUACCUGCCAACUAUUGUUAUACAAAUUAAAGAUAAUAUUUUCUGUGAUUUUAUGGAUUUUUAUUUUACCCAAACAAUUGAUUAUAUUUGAAAAUAUUUUUUAAAAAUCUAUCAUUAUUUAAAUAUUUAUAUAGAAAUUAUUUCUGUCAAGGUAAACAAUAUUACUUAUAAUAUAAACAACUGUAUAUAAUCAUCAGAAUAAAAGUAAUUACCAACAAUGCA